UUAUCCAUUAGUAUAAUAUCCAUUCACAUGCUCCGUUUUCUAGAUAUAAUUAAUUGUAGUGUAACAUCACUAGUCACCAGUCAAUACACUGCCAUCAAAGGUUCCAUUAAUUUACAGUGACUGUGAUAUAUGGCGCAUCAAAGUCCCGUAGCACUAGUAGUUGGAGUAACGGGAAUGGCUGGCCUAAGCUUAGCCAAAGCCUUGAAGCAGCCUGAUUGUCUCGGAGGUCCAUGGAAAGUUUAUGGCGCAGCUCGCCAUUCCCCCGAUGAAUGGUUCCCUUCUUCCAUCCUCGACAGCUUCAUAACCUUCGACGCAGUUAACUCAGCUGACACACGCGCCAAGCUAUUACCUAUAGCUAACGAAGUCACCCACCUAUUCUGGGUCACAUUCCAGCUUGUAGCAGACGAAGAAGUUAAGAUCAGCGUUAACAAAUCCAUGCUUCUUAACGUUCUCACUGUCCUAAAAUCUUAUCCGUCUUCGCCUCUCACCCAUAUAACAGUACAAACAGGAACCAAACACUACUUGGGUCCAGUGCAUGACCCGGUUCAGUCUACCAAACUUAUCUGCCACGAACCACCUUUCGAAGAGAAUAUGCCUCGACUCUCUUAUCCAAAUUUCUAUUACGCGCUUGAGGAUCUCGUUAAAUCCUAUGCACCUUCAAUUACAUACUCAAUACAUCGUUCCUCUAUCAUAAUAGGUGCUUCGCCAAGAAGUGCAUACAACAUGCUGAUGGUACUAGCGACAUACGCUGCCAUAUGUCGCCAGGUAGGAUUACCGUUUCGUUUUCCAGGAAAUAGGUACACUUGGGAGCAUUUCUGUGAUAUGACGGAUGCUCGUGUGCUGGCAAAGCAACAUGUAUGGGCUGCAGUUACAAAGAAGGCUAAGAACCAAGCGUUUAAUUGCACAAAUGGUGACGUUUUCGCAUGGAAGAGUAUGUGGAAGGUGCUUUGUAAGACUUUUGCUGUUAAGUUUGUGGAUUUGGAUGAAAAGGAAGAGUUUGAUUUGGUGCAGUUUAUGCGUGAUAAGGGUGAGGUUUGGGAUCAGAUUGUGGAGGAGUAUGGACUUCAUAAGACCAAAUUGGAGGAAAUUGCUUGUUUUGAUGCCUUGGUGCCAGUUUUUCGAUUUGAGUUUCAACUUGUAUCUAGUAUGAAUAAGAGUAAAAAUUAUGAGUUUUUUGAGUAUGCUGAGACGUUUAAUAGUGUGAAAUUCUGGGUGAUGAAGCUGAGGGAGAUGAAUCUCAUACCCAUCUACGAACAUUGAACUACAUUGUUGUUUUUAUCUCUCUCUUGUAAUAAUAUCGUUUGUUUCUAUCUGCUUUAUGUAUUGUUAAAAAUCUUUUUCACCUAACAAGAGUUAAUAAUGCCCAUUCCUUUCUUUUGAA